GUUGGAGUUUUUAGAAUGAUAGAGAUUAUAUUGUUUUCAAUUCAUCGUAGACUUUGUUAUAAUUGUAUGAUGUGUAUCCCUUUCUAAUUUCACCUUUAGUUUUAUUGUUUUGAUGAUCGGAACACGGAUGGAACUGAAACAGUUUAAUCACAAGUGAUGCAUGUUGUGUUUCCGUAUGAAUUAUUUGUUUUCUUUUUUCCCUGAAACAUGGGUUUCAUGAAAAAAAUUACUUCUAACAUUCGUUCGAAUUUAUUUGUUUAUAGUUUGGUUAGGAGUACCUUUUUUCAUUAAAACGGAUUUGCUUUCAUGAACAAAUAGCACUUGGUUCUAUUUACUUCGGCUCCGUGUUACUAUAUUAGGGGUAUCUGUUGGAUCAAUAACGGAAGGAUCCAGUAGGCUCUAUUGGCACGAGUAUGCGAUUUAUGGAUGCCUAUCGUCAUUUUGAAUAAAGUUUUUGUACAAGACUUACUAAUAAAUACUCCAGCUGGAAUGAAAUAUAAGAAAAAUUGGUAUAUGAAAAGUUGAUCUAUCUCGUUAGAAACUAUGAUCAUAUACGUCAACGAUACUUUUUUGCUUAUAUUUUAUUUCAAAGUAGUAAUAUUAUAUCGUUAUAGACAUAUAAUAGCAGACUAAAUAUUAAGUGCUAGUGUGGAAGAGAACAGUCGACUGGAUCUUAAUAUGGUUGGGUUGAGAGCUAAGAUAAGUUCUAUUUUCAACUUCACCGCCUAUGCAAAUUUUAUUCUGAGGUAUGUUGAUGAAGAUGGAGACUUGGUGAAUCUUGUGGAUGAUGAUGAUUUGCGUGAUGUGAUGAGACAACAAUUAAAAUUCUUGAGAAUUGAUGUACAUAUGAUCAAUAAUUCUGGUGGUAAAUCAGAUGUUGAUGGUUCUACUGGAAGUGCCACCCCUUUAAACAUGAUUUGAGGCUUGUACUAGCAGCCUCCAGUGUCGGUCGACAGGUGGAGGCUGGAAAUGUGGGAGUCGCCCCAGUUGAUCUCAAUACUCUCCCAUGUGAUCCAUAUUCACACAUUAAUGUAGAUAGUGCACCACUUUCAUCAGCAGUUCAUGUAAGUGAUGACAAGGGUAAAACGUCUAUUGUUGAUAGUCUUGCUGGUAAGGGUGAAAUAUGUGGAACAUCAAUGAAUUUUGUCACUCCCAAUUACACCCCAACCAAUAGUCAUGCUACAAGAUGUUCAUAUCAGAAUACUAAAGAAUUUAGGCAUUCAAAGAUCCCACCACAUAUUCUUAAAACAAUGCAAGGCCAAAGUUUCAUUUUGGAUAUCAAUGCCUUGGAUGGUACAAAGAUUUGGCGAAUCCGCACCAAUGGCACUUUAGUGUGGCCCAAGGGAACUCAACUUGUUUGGAUUGGUGGAGACAAAUUAAGUGACUUGCUUUCUGUUGACUUAGAGGUUCCUAAGGAUGGUGUACUCAUGGAGAAGGAGCUUGGCAUUGCAGUUGAGUUUAGAGCGCUCCAGUUACCUGCUCUCAAGGUCUGAACUUGAAUAUUCCCCUUGGUGUUGGUGGCUAUGAAGGAACUCGGGUUAUAGAUAUCAAUGUUCAACCUGCUGAGGAUAAUGCUUUUCAUCAACCCCAAAAUCAUAAUGCUCCCCCUAAACCUGUGAAUCAAAAGGUUGAUAAGGCACCAUGGCAGGAACUGGAAAACGAAUUUCCUACCAAUGAAGCUAUAUUUGUUCAGUGGAACCUUCAUCUGUUUCUUACCCCAUUAUCGAUUUCUCUGGCACGGCCCCAUCUGUUCCUUCCUAUCAGCAAACCUCAACUGUGGGUGCACUAUCACCAUCUCUAGGGAUGGAUGAAAGUGAUUUGGUAGAAGGGGCCCUCAUCAGAGAGCUUGAGGAGACGGGUUUUAAGCAAGUUGGUCUAAACAAAGAGCUUUUGAGAAUGAAUGAGUACAAUCUGGAGCAGUCAGUAGAGCAUCUAUGUGGUGUUUCUGAGUGGGACCCUAUCCUUGAAGAGUUGCACGAGAUGGUAAAUUGUUUUCUGGACUGCUUUUUCAUUUUGCUUGAUUGAUGUUGCUAUUUGUAUUUUGAAGGCAAAAUAAAUAAAUUAAUGAGUAAAUCAAAUGCAUGUAUUUAUCUUCAAAAUCAUUCACAUCUUUUUCAUUACAAGCUAGCUAUAUACUGAUAGCUUGUUGGGAAAUGAGGCAUUGUAAUAUCCUUUGAUGUCUU